GGCGCUCGGCCCGGCUCGUCCCGUCCCGGCGCCGUCCCACGUAUAAAGGCCCCACCCGUGGUCAGAGGGGCAGUGCCAUCACGGAUCGGACAGUGUGUGUGCUUGUGUGAUAUUCUCACCGUCUCAAGUCAUGAAGCUGAUCGUUGUGGCGUGUUUGGCGGCCGUGGCCCUCGCCCGGCCUCAGGAGUUCUCCGCCGACCCCGAGCUGGAGGCCCUGCGCGACCGCGACCGUAACGCCGAGAUCACCAGCUACCAGAACGAGCAGACCCAGGACGGCGGCAACGUGCACUCGUUCACGGCCACCAACGGCAUCGAGCGCCAGGAGGAGAUCCGGCUGCAGGAGGUGCGCGUCAUCAACGAGAACGGAGACGAGGAGUUCCGUCUGGUGCCCUUCUACACCGGCGAGUUCAAGUUCCCGAACCCCGACGGCACCUUCACGACCCGGCGGUACUACACCGAUGAGACCGGCAUCCACUUCGAGGGCGACGACCUGCCCGUGGCGCCCCAGGCCUUCUAGAGCGGCGUCCCAGCCGGCCCUCCGACCAUCCUCAUCACUCAGUCUGUACUCAUGUCAAGUCACGCCGUCCCGUCGCGGCGGCAGCGGCCUGUCUCGAAAUCUCGGCUCGCGUUGUUGUGAUAAAACUGUAUUGUCCAUUGUGCUGUAAUACAUUGUUAUAUCGACGUGA